AAGCCGAACAAUAGUAGCAUCUACGAGUCUGGUGAUAGCAGCAUGAUGCUGAUGGAUGGAAUUACUCGCGCAGAUUUCACUUUGCCUCAGAUCCAUAGAAGUUUUUGUUGAAGCCUUUGGCAAUUAUUGUUUUCAGAUUGCUUAUAGACAAUCGAAGGUUAAAUUCAACUUCCCUGAAGGCAGGUUCUCUGCUAAGGCCUGGAAACGGUUGUGAGACUGAGGAAGCUGGGAAGGACGAGGAGAGGAAGAGCGAAACACGCGAACAUAAGAUACACCAGCGAAAGGGGGGGAGACAGCGAACUUGGCACCUCGCCUCAGGAAAAGACAAACGUUCCCGGUGUUUCAAGAUUAAGCAUCAAGAACGUGGAAUUUUAGAACAAGGCGCAACUUUCCGGUUCUGAAGAAAGCUCCUAAGUCCUACGAGAGUCCUACCAGAUUCCUGUGAGAGGAAACCUAAAGGCGCUCUGUAUCGAUGUGAACCUACAAGAGUCUAACAGGAGCUCGUGUCAUUUAGCCUUUGGAAACCACGUAUGACCUUUGGAACAUCGCGUGGGGGAUCGAUUGAGAUACCUCCCGCCGGCGACGAUGAAGGAGGUGAAUAAUUCCUACCAGGUGGACGAGGCGUACCAGGAGGACUUGGUCUACCAGGUGGACGAGGUCCACCAGGUGGUGUAUCGUCAGGUGCUGCCCGUGCUGGUCUCUCUGGGUGUCCUGGCCAAUGUUCUCUGCAUCAUCGUCCUUAGCAAACCCCGGCUCAGGGCUGCUCGCGUCAACUGGUACUUCCUCCUGCUGGCGGUAUUGGACCUGCUGGUGUGCGUCUUCUACAUCCCCGUCAUCACCACCAUAACAGGCUGUACCUUCUCCUCCUACGUCGAAGCUUAUUACUUUUCUCAUCUUGGAUGGACGUUGGUGGGGAUCUCUCAAGCGUUAGGAACCUACACCAUGCUUUGGCUGUCCCUAGAUCGAUUUAUUGCCGUCUGGAUGUGUAAUCUUUACCCGAGAAUCCAAAGUAAUCCGAAUAUAUUUCGAAACAGAAUCGUGCUUACAUUCAUUGUAUGCAUUUUUGUGCAUUUGCCGUAUAUUAUCGACGCCAAAGUAGACUGCUCAAGUUCUACAAAGACUGAUAGCACGUGUGUUAACGGGACUUGGAUUAUUAAAACCGGAUAUCAAAAUCACUUCAAUGAGGCUUGGCACAAAGUCUACAGAACUUUUUAUGGGUUGUUUAUCCGAUUUGUUCCGGCUUCUUUACUCGUGGUGUUUAACGUUGGGUUAGUGAUCGGCGUGGCCAGAGGCCGCGUUAACUUCCCCACCACAGCUGAGGGCUCUAGAAGGGCCGGCGAGCGAACUCUGGUUAUCACCGUGAUCUCCAUCACAGCUUCCUAUAUCUUAUUAACUCUACCCAUCAUCAUCUACGUUAUGAACUACGCCAAGCAUCUUUCUGACCGCUGCUAUGGGAACCAUCCCAAGGAGGUUCUAAGAGCCAUAGGGAAUUCUUUCCAGAUACUGGAACACACUAUACACAUAAUCUUUUUUCUGGGGUUGAACCAUGGUUUUAGAGAAGAGCUGAAGAUUUUAUUGUACCUUGCGAAAAGGAAGAGAGAGCCUGGGCCGUGGGAGGACGGCCAGCAUGGGCCAAGUCAGUCUCGACAUGGAGAACUUAGCCUACACUGCAACACAGAUGGACAGAAAAACGCCUCCGACACGCCCAACGUCUCGCAGUAAUAGCCAGACUAUGGGAGAGGAUCUAUAACAAUCUGCAGAAAAUGACACAAUAAUGUGGCUACCAAAAAUCAAAUCACAACCCACCGAUGAAAUUGAAUAAAAGCAACAACAUUUUGGUCCAUCCUGGACGCUUAUCAAGUAACAAGGAAGAGCGAGAGAGAGUUUUGGUGGACGGCGGCUUCCCAACAACUAAGUAGUAGCCACGAUGAUAAUUCAUGUCAACACUUCAAUAACCAGCGGCAACAACGAGGCUACUCCCUUUCUUUAUGGAAACAAGACAGUUGUUGUUGUUGUUAAAGAUUCGCUACCUGGAACAAAGUUCCAAGUAGCACGGGCUGUGGAACAAGACAGGUUCGGUAACCACAAGCGAGGAUAAACUAUAUAUGUGGCCUGCCACGAGUGUGCGUUAUAUCAUAGAACAUUUACCUCUCGCAAUACACUUGGCCUCGUUCUCGACUCAUAAUCGGGGAUCUCAGGUUCGAUUCCCGGCAGAGGACGAAACGGUUGGGCACGUCUCCUUAAACCUAGUAGUAAAUACAUACCCAGGAGUUAGGUAACUGGUUUGUGGCUGCAUCCCGGGAAGGUCACGUGGUUGACCUUGAGUGGGAGGGAGAAUCGAUAGAAGUCUAAGCUAUAUAUAUAUAAACAGGCUUCCUGUCCCCAACAAAGCGAAGAAAUAUAGAGAGACUAAAUCACAACAUCGUGGCACAAAUAACCAAAACAAAACGUUUGAAAAUAGAUAAAAUGACGAGGUUUCAGUCCAUCCCGGAGUAUUAUAAAUCUGUAUCGCGCCUGGAAUCAAACUAGCUAAUGAAAAGCAAAACUGAAAAUCUUUCUACUCUCAUUAGGCUACGUGAUGUACUAUCACGGGGAAUCUCAUAUCUUCACCAAAUUGAUUGUGAUUCUUAGUGUGUAAAAUAGAACAAAAUUGAGUUAAAUGAGAGGAAAAGUUCUGCCCUGAACUAUACCGCAGAUUCAUAUAGUUCCCUGCCAACCCUCUUCCAUCUAGUCAAUUGAUAAUCAAAUAUUUUUCGCAGCCUCACAUCGUCAUGUGAGAUCGGUUGAAAAGAAUUAAAACAAUUUAUUUUCAUGAGUCUUCAGAAACAGCUUUGUGGAAAUAAAAAACUAUUUGUUAAAAUAAAUCUUCGGUCAUUUCGAGCUAAAAAAAAAAAAAAUAUUCCCCCAACGAAAACUAUAAUUCUUAUGAAAUUACAAAGAAAACAUUGAAAACAGAAUUACUUCCAAAAUUCCACCCCCCCCCCCAGUCACUGUACUCUCACAACGAAACAAUACAAUUUCAAAACAAAAAUUUCGUGCAAAAUUAUGGAAACAGACAAAUAACGUACAAAUUGGUACCUACCAUAUAAUGGAUGUAGCUAAAUAAUAAAAGCCUAAUUUACACCCGUUAUAAACAAAAUCCCUUUAAAAAUAAAAAACUACUGUCUUCUUAUGAAGUUACAUAAAAAAACAUGGAGAUUAUAUCAAAAUCACAAAAAACAAAUUUAGUUGCUUAACUUAGAGUCUGUGAAGAUGGAACAAUGCAAUGACAGCGAGCCGCGGGCGUUGUUUGUGUAAAAUCCUUCAUUAUUCAUCUCAUCCUCACACCGGCCUGUGUUACUGCUACUUUCCUUCGUUCUGUCAUCGAAAAGAACUUAGAAUAUCUUCCCUUCAAAAAUUCUGGGGCCGAAAGUCGACGGUAAAAAAUGAUCGAGGGAUUAACGACGUACUCUUGUCCUCGUCGUUGAGUAAGCACUGAAUAAGAAUGGAAAUGUUUACUUCAGAGGACAGCAGAGACCUCUACCGACCAGAGACAACAACCUUGCCUCAGUUCCAAAGAAUAUAUAUACACAUCGCUUCUUCGUGUAUAUACACUGAGUUUAAUUUAGUUUUGGACAAUGUUCAGGAUUAAAUUAUAUUUGCUAGUUGGUCAGUAAAGUGUUGUAGUUGCCUUAAUAAGUUUUUAGGGGAUUUUUGUAUUUUUUACUAUUAUUUUCUACCACAAACGUGGCCACACAUUUAUAAUACUAAUCGGCAUAUAUACAUUUUCUUCUGUCUUCCAUGGACAGGGUUAAAGAUCUGUUAA